CAGACGACGAACUUGAGCUGGAGAUAAUCAACAAAACAAACGACAACAAAGAACAAAGAGAGUCGAUAAUGGUAGUCAAUCGCCAGGUUGAAUCUACACAAUCACCAAGUGUAGACACCAAUACCAACCCUACCACAUCCUCUGUUCUUUCAAAUCUAAGCCAAGUGAAUGUCCCCAUCAUUCCGCGCGGAUCAAGUACACCCGGCGUUAUCCCGGGAGCUUAUGAUGAAACCCCUCUUGCCUAUGCCUCAUGGAAUCCCAGAGAUCCAUUUGUACCAUUUGUAGUUAUGGCCAUACUUUUGGGACUCGCAGCUCAGUUGGGUGUUACCGAUGAUUGGACGGUUCCGAUUACAUUGGUAACCAUGGUCUCCGGCUUCCUUUGGUCUGGAGCAGCCAAGGGUGUCCAACUCAAAGUAAACCUUCACUAAACCUUAAUCAUACAUAGAAUAUACUACUUUUCUUCCUAUUCCUCUUCCUUAUUCCUCAACCUUCUCUUAUUAUUCUUCUGAUAUUCUUUUUAUUCCUCUUACUCGCCGUCUUCAUCCUUUCUACCCUUUCUUACCUCUAUAGCUUUCUUCUUCUUAUCUACUCUUUACUCUCUACUCUUCUACCUUACCCUUUUUUCCAUGUCUUCUUUUUUUUUAUCUUUUAUCCAAAAUAUGUAUAUAUACAACAAGUCCUUUUAACUCUAGUCUGUCUUCAACAGGACUUAAUAUUAAAGAAAUUUCAUUUAUUCAUUCAGCAAGCCAC